GGGCUGGCGGGGGCCGGCGGUGGCCGGGCCAUGGCGGGCGGGCGGCGGGCGCGGUCCGGCCUGAGCCGCGGCUCCGGCCCCCGGACACCCCCCGGCUUCGCCCGCGGUCGGCGGGGGCUGCACGGACGCGGCUCUGGCAGAUGGGAGUUUGUAUCUGCACUCCUGCGGUUCAUUCCUCUUCUGGAUGCUCGCUUUGAGCCGGGGACGGAGCCCCGUACAGCUGUGAAGCCUCUCUGGCCAUCUGUUAACCCUUGGGAACAGCCGUCUGCACCGAGGGCUCUCACCGAGUGCCAGUCGCAGCUUGGCGAAGGUCACUGUCCGCUGGUGGAAAAAUACAAUGGGUACCAGGAGAUGCUUCAGUGGUGAGACAUCUUUUACAAUGCAAGUUAGGCAUGAAAUUCAUCAACUAACAUCCCCUUCCUCACCCUGACCUCCAACAGACUUCCCAUAACGCUUGGAAGAAAGGGUCAGGGGAGAAGGGCCGAAAGGCACCAUGAAGCUGAAGCAGCGAGUUGUGCUGUUGGCCAUCCUCCUCGUCAUCUUCAUUUUCACCAAGGUUUUCCUCAUCGACAACCUGGACACCUCGGCUGCCAACCGUGAGGACCAGCGCGCGUUCCAGCGGAUGCUGUCGGGGCUGCGCGUGGCGCUGGACCCGCGCCUGGAGCACACGCUGCAGUCGCCCUGGGAGAUCGCGGCGCAGUGGGUGGUGCCCCGCGAGGUGUACCCCGAGGACACCCCCGAGCUGGGAGCUGUCAUGCACGCCAUGACCACCAAGAAGAUCAUCAAAGCUGAUGUGGGGUACAAGGGGACGCAGCUGAAAGCUUUGCUGAUACUUGAAGGAGGACAGAAGGUUGUUUUCAAGCCCAAGAGAUAUGCCAGGGAUUAUAUAGUGGAAGGAGAACCCUAUGCUGGCUAUGACAGACACAACGCAGAAGUGGCAGCCUUUCACUUGGAUAGAAUCCUGGGUUUCCGCCGGGCCCCGCUGGUGGUUGGCAGGUUUGUGAAUCUGCGCACGGAGAUCAAACCAGUGGCCACGGAGCAGCUCCUGGGCACCUUCAUGACUGUGGGCAAUAACACCUGCUUCUAUGGGAAGUGCUACUACUGUCGGGAGACAGAGCCAGCCUGUGCAGAUGGGGACAUCAUGGAGGGCUCAGUGACGCUGUGGCUGCCGGACGUUUGGCCCCUGCAGAAGCACCGGCACCCCUGGGGCAGGACUUACCGGGAGGGCAAACUGGCCAGGUGGGAGUACGACGAGAGCUACUGCGACGCCGUGAAGAAAACGUCCCCGUACGACUCGGGCCCGCGCCUGCUGGACAUCAUCGACACGGCCAUCUUCGACUACCUGAUCGGCAACGCCGACCGGCACCACUACGAGAGCUUCCAGGAUGACGAGGGAGCCAGCAUGCUCAUCCUGCUGGACAAUGCCAAAAGCUUUGGAAACCCUGCCCUUGAUGAAAGAAGCAUCUUGGCUCCUCUCUAUCAGUGCUGCAUCAUCCGGGUUUCUACCUGGAACAGGCUGAAUUACCUGAAGAACGGAGUCCUGAAGUCUGCCUUAAAAACUGCCAUGUCGCAUGACCCCAUCUCACCUGUGCUCUCCACCCCUCACCUGGACGCCCUGGACCAGCGGCUCCUCAGCAUCCUGGCUACAGUGAAGCAGUGCACAGACCAGUUUGGGCCAGAUGUUGUGCUGGUGGAAGACAGGAUGACUCUGUCUCACUUGUAAUCGUAGCGGAACACGAGAUGAAACUCCUUUUUUAAAAAACAAACAAACAAGUGAUAGAAAAACAGCACAAUCAGUUCAGAAGGGCUGUGGCCAAGAUGGACUGACAUGAACAGGAAAGCUCCCGAGCCAGAGGAAGGGAGGUGACACUGGCUUUUUCCUCGGGCUGGCAGCAGUGAGAGGUGGGAAGGAGGCCUGGCAUGGCUCAGCCCCCGUGGUGGCACCAUGGCCACUGUGGCGUGUCCAUUGCCGGCAGUGGGCGUCGCGCUGGAUAAACACGGCUCUGGUGCUGGUGCAGAGUGUGGAACACAGAACUCCUUUGUGGACUGGAUCUGGAGGGGGCCUCAGAGAUGAACAGUACAGUCCCCUCCCCUUCUCUUCCCCCUUUCCUCUGGCGAGUUUGUUCAUUCAGGGUUGUACACAAUCAGCUCUGAGCUGGUUGGGCAUUUUACUGCUUCUCUAGAGAACGAGCAGGGGUGAAUAAAAUAACUGUUGGACUGAAGAGUUGUGCCACCCCCCCGGGGUGGGAUGUUCUUCUGAUUGUCUGAGGGGUGGGAGAGGGGACCUCUGCUGCUCACUUGGCUUUUCCUUGAUAAAAGGCUGGGAAAGGUGGCUGCCUCCUAUGUGAUAAUGCUUCAGUGUUUUUGCUAAAGUCCUAUCAAAGGUUUAUCCACAGGGUUGGAGAUUUAGGAGAGGACAGGGUGGUUAUACAGCACUUGAUAUUUAAGGGGUUAUAGUAAGUUUCCAUGUGUCUUGUCCCUCUUUUUUUUUAAAUUAAUCUGGCAAGGUCUGAGCAGGUCUUGCAGUUCUGUGUCCAUUAUAACCAAAUGUUCAUUCUCUUGCAGCUGAGGAGGACAGAAUCUGUCCUUGGAAGCAGUUUGUGUAGUGAGGUCAGGCUACUUUACUGUGAGCCCUGAGUGCUGUGGAGCCUCUGGGCAUGUGGGACUGGGGGAAGAGGUGUUUGCUGGAAUUCCCCAGUCACCAGCAGUCACCUGAGGUGUACAGACAUCCCUGAGCUAUGGUCUGUCUUCAUCUCACCUGGGAGAGCUUUCUGCUGCUGCCUGUGACCACAGCUCAGCACUGCUGUUCUGGGGACACCAGUGUUGGGUCCCACGUUCACCUGGUUUGGCUGUGGCUGAGCUCAGAAGCUGUGAUCACCUCCAGGAGGUUUUCUGCCUUCCCCAGCUGCUUCUUGCAACCCCCACUGCAAUGUUCUGCCUGAGAUGGUCAUCCAGGAAUCCUCACUAUUGGUUUUGGCAUAGAUAGAGAAAAGUUGGCUUUUCAGGGCAGGCUUGCAGCACUCAUCUUGUGCUAGUCCUGUUGUCCUUCAGCACUGCAGCCUGUGCUGAGUUUGUAUCAUAAAACUGAUCACCUUGAGACAGGUCUCAGUUUGUGUCUCCAGAAGAGAAGCAGCUUCAUCACUAUUUCCAAAUGGAACAGCUUUGCAUCAGUGUUCAGCCAGCAUGGUCCUUAAUGUAAGGAAGGAGCUCCCUUCAGCAAGUGACUUCAGGUUGUUGAACUUGAGAGCAAGAGCACCAAAAUGUCAGUUUGAACCCUUUUCCUUGAUUUUCCUGUCAGGAUUUCUCUGACUGCAGUGUGGCACGCAGGUAAAGAGCUGUUUUCUGGUCUUGCACCGUGGCCACACCUGAUCCAGGAGGUGUCAGGGAGAGAGUUUUAUCUGAAAAAUGCAGACAUUGGUUUAUUUUGUUGAAGUCUUUUUCUCAUUGCAUGAGAAGAGCAUCUUGAAAGUAGAAUGUGACUGUUUACCUGGGAUUGAAUUCUGUGUUAUUCUUGCUCUCUUCUGGACUUGGCCACAAUCAUAGAUGCCACAGAGCAAUGAGAUGAUGGGAUGGGAUCUGGAGUUAUUUACUGGAGUUCUUAGUCAGGGUGGUGACACACAGCCAGCUGUGAGGACACUGUGGAGCUCGUGCCUCUAUCCCCUGAUAACAGAACAUGCUUUAGAAGCUGUGGGUGGUGUCUGUGGGGCAGGAGCAAGUGCUGGUUUAAGCUGUUUCCCAGGAAAUUUCAGAUUUGGUGGCUUGUAGCAUUUCUUAAAGCUUAUUCUUCUCUUUGAGCUUAAACAUGAGCUCUUAAUAUUUUGGGAGGGAUCUACCAACAUUUAAUUUUUGAUUUCUAUAUGAUAACUCUUGGUAUUUACAUUUGAUUUAAUAAUGGGCUCAAAAAAAGGUCUUUCAGUCUUUGAAGUUAAAUUAGUGUUGAGGACUUACAUAUUGCUGUAAGCUAAAGCUUUUGCUGUCAGAUGGAACCUGGGGAUGGGUUUUUCCCCAGUAUAAAUGUCAAAGAUUUAAAGCAGGGUAUUGGUUUAUUUUGGUUUACUUGUGGACAAAGGGCAUGAAGUCCAGCAUUAUCAGUAGAAGGAAGCAAGAAAUGGUUGUUUUUUAGGACUGGUUUUUUAUUUGUGAUAUUGAUGCUUCUCGUUGCUGUAAACACUAUUGGAGGUUGGUGUUCUGCAGCAGGAAAGAAAAAUAAAUUCCUCUCUUAAACCAAAAUCAGGAAGAUCUGGUUUUGGCCUUGUGACAAUUUCUGCCCUUUUGGCAGUGAUGGUCGUUUUGCUUGAACACAGAACCCUGAGAGAUUUUAAAUUGUAACCAUUGCAAAGGAAAGGAGCAGCAGCAUCCACGUGCCAGCUGGGUCUGCUUGAAUCUCUGAAAAAUAACAUUGUUUGUAAGGCAGGUGCUCUGGGGAGGAGGUUUUCCAGGCACCUUCUGAUUCUUGUUCAUCGUGCACGUGUCACCCACUGGCCCCAGAUGUUACACACUGGUUGUGUCAUGCUUAUCAAUGAUACCAGAGCACUGGAAGCACAGAAAUCAAGAACUAAUUAAAGAGCCUCAUCAGCCAUCUGCUAUUUACCUCCUCUUUCCCAAGUCAGCCAUCAGGGGGGAGGAGACACUCGAGUCAGCUCUCCUUCAGCAGCUGAUGAACUGGUGUGUGUCUUGCCAAACAAACUUCAACUCAAAAGUACUAAUUUAUUAAGAAGGUAAUUUAUUUACUGCAGCAGCUGGAGCAGGAAGCUGGAAACAGACUCCCCUCUCAGAUGUGCCAGAGGAGGCCCCUGGGAGCUGCUGCACAAAUGGAGUUGCUAAUAAGCAAACAGAAUGCAAUCAUGACUUUCUACUUCUAUCCCCCGGGGUCAGAUCCCACAUAAAGCAACAUUGUGUGAAUAAAGAUUUUAAUAAAGCAA